AUGACCGACAUGGACAUGACCCAGGACAGCUGGGAUGGCGCGAACACGGACCAGAUGCUGGGCGUGGAGCAGUCGCUCGAAGAUCGGCGGCGGCUGCAGCAGGGUUUCCGCAGCCUGAUCAAGCAGACGACGACGGACCAGACGCGAUUUCUGGACGCCAAGGCCGAGGCGCUGCACACGGUGCUGGAAGAGUCAGACACGCUGCUGCAGCGGACCAAGCAGACGAGCGAGGCAGCCAUUGAUGCGGCACUGGUAAUUCGCAUCUCCGAGCUGGCUUACAAGCGGACGACGCACUUUCUGGCCGACCGUGCCGACGACAGCGGCGUCAACCUGGAGGACUUUGUGUCGCGAUGCAAGGACUACAUGCAGUUUGGCCGCGGUAUUGACGAUGAAGGCUCGCCAGAUCUGUCACGGGAGCAGCGACGGCGCCGCAAGGUCGAGGCAGCCGCCCACCGGCAAGGUGGACGAGAGGAGGUGCACGACGGGAACGAAGAGGACGAGGCACAAGGAACGGACGACGACGACGACGAGGCCGGCACAUCCAGCAGUGCUGCCAAGGCCGAUCUGGACUGGACGCACUUUGGCCAGUACGCCUGUCUGCCGCAUGUGCGACGGCCUGGACUGGCACGUUUCUUGCCUCGGGCCACACUGGCCGGCGACGAGAAGACACGGGUGGUGAUGCGCAAGCGCACGGCGGCUCUGCGGCUCAACGAGCUGCAGGAGGUCCGGCCACAGGUGCUGCGACCCGGCGACCUCAAUGUGUCGCAGAACAGCGACCUGACGGCGCUGGCCACCGACAUCCUGCAGCAGCUGCGGCGCGCGGCCGAGCACGGCCAGGCCAAGGUGCAGCGGGCGUACGAGCAGGCCGGCGGCGACGGCGACGACGAGGACGACGAGGCCCUGCUGCGCCGCCUCAUGGACCGCUACGGCAUCCGCAGCGACGGCGGCGUUGACCUCAUCCGCUUCGCCAUCAACCCACGCUCCUUUGCCCAGACAGUCGAGAACUUCUUCUACAUCAGCUUCCUCGUGCGCGACGGCCGUGUCGGCCUGGCCUAUGACGACAACGGGCUGCCAUCAAUUUACCCCAUCUCCGAAGAGGACACCGAAACGGCCAAGGACAGCUCCGGUCCCGAGGAGGACACGCGGAAGCACCAGCUGAUCCUAUCCAUGGACAUGGCCAUGUGGCGCGACGUCAUCGAGACGUUCAACAUUAAGAAGCCCAUGAUAGCCCACCGCGAAAUAGCGGGUGAGAAGCAUCCCAACGGCCGGGCCUGGUUCACCUGA